UAUGCUUGUGAGGCUGCUUGGAGGGAGACACACAAGGCAGGGAGGGGGCAUGGAAGGGGGAGGGAGAAUGAGAGAUGAUAAAACUCCGCCGAGAGCCCUCCUGGAAGCUCAGAGCAAAAGGAGCAACGGAGGCACGAGGGGAGCAGGCGAGCCGGCAGACAGUGGGGUCCAUGACGGGGGAAACGGCGAGAAGCACCUGAGCCAGAGGGGAGGAGACACCCUGAAAACCUGUGGAGUCUGACGGAGGAGACGGGCUUCAAACACACCGGAUGAAGGCUUAGAUGAAGUUUUGGACCGCACUAACCCCCCCUCCCCCUCUCCACCCAGCACCUUGCAUCCCUGCAGGCUGGAACGCCACAACCCGGUUUGCAUCUUUGGAUGAGACUUUUGCGGGACACCAGGACAGAGUGAAAGAGGAGAGCAGCUCUAUCAGCCCUCACAGACCACCCUCAGCUCAGGACGCCCCUCCUCCCUCUUUUGCCCCCCUCCUACCCUUUGCCCAGUGAACCUCACCCCCUGACAGAGCAGAAAGCGUGAAAAAUCUCACUAAUGGCUUUAUUUGCUGUCAGAUCUGCGCAGAGUUGUCAUUCCCCUGACGCAUUUCAUAGUUGAGUAAAUCUGCUUGGCUCUCUUGGCGAGACCCUGCAGUGCCCCUGCAGCUCUGAGCAGCCCAUCAAGAGGGGAGGAACUGCAGCAGUCAGUCAGACAGACAGUCUCUUGGACGAGAAGUCCCUGGAGCUGCAUUUUUCCACUCCCCCCCAUCUUGGGCAUCCUCACCUCUCCACGGCUGGUCCUCCCAUCCAGAAGACCUGAGCUGGGUCAAGAGCCAUUGACGAUGAGGUGUGGGCCUCUGACCGUGGUGGCGGCGGUGCUCUGGACUCAGUGCGUCCUUCUGCAGGGGGCGGACGCCAGGAAGGAGAGGAAGAGGCCGAAGGAGGUCACGCCGCAGCAGACGGAGACCCACAACCGAACUCUCUCCAACAGCGAAGAGGUCGGUGGAGGCUCCAAGGGAGUUCCGGACCCCCGCCGGGUGGACCCGUUGGUCACUUGGAUUGAUUUUGUCAAAAGGCCUGUAGGAAACUUCCCAACAAAGUGUCGCAAGCGCAAAAGACCCCUGCCCGGCCCACCUGGUCCACCUGGUCCCCCAGGCCCACAGGGACCCCCUGGAUCUCCAGGCGCUGAGGUGACCCAGGAGAUUCUUCUCCAGGAGUUCAAAGAGAUGAUCAAAGAGGCUACUGAGAGACGAGCCGCCAUCGACAGGAAAGCCAACCCGAGCCAGCUUCCUGCAGCCGUGCUCACCCUGGAGAGGAUGACCUCCCACCGCCGCAUCGAAGAAGCCUUCCACUGCAAGCUGAAGGGCCCGGUGGUGGUGGACAAAAAAACUCUGGUGGAGCUCCAGAACUAUCAAACACCGCCGGCUAAAGGAGCCUUCCUCAGAGGGUCGGGGAUGGACCAGUCCACCGGGAGGUUCACAGCUCCCGUCACGGGCAUCUACCAGUUCUCUGCUAACGUGCACAUUGAUCACAACGAGGUGAAGAGGAGUAAAAGCCAGCUGAAGGCUCGAGACAACAUCCGAGUGCUGAUCUGCAUUGAGUCGCUCUGCCACAGAUACACAUCGCUUGAGAUGAUCGUUGGAUUAGAGAGUAACAGCAAGAUAUUCACAGUCAAUGUGCAAGGAUUGCUGGAGCUGCAGACUGGCCAGUACACGUCUGUAUUUGUGGAUAAUGCUGCUGGGGCUUCAGUCACGAUCCAGAAUGGUUCUGAUUUCAUGGGCAUGCUGCUGGGCGUAUAGCUUCACACUCAAGUAAAAGAUUCACUAAAGCUGUGUUCUUUUUGUAUUUGUACACAACGAACUGCACAAGACCGUCACUAAACAGACUGCUGGAGAUUUUCCAAGCAGAGAGAGAAGGUGGACUGGACUUGGCCUGUCAGACGGUGAAGGGACAGUGUUCAGAACACAAAGGCUGCGCUUGGUUUUCACAGUUGACUCCCACUUCCCCGUCUACCUUGGACACCUGUUGCUUCACCACAACCACAAACUGAAAAGGAGAAAAAAUGGUCCUAAAAUACAGUUCACUUUUGUGACUGUAGAGGAACUAAGCCGUGAGCAAUCUCCUGAAAAAACUACAAAAACAAAAAAAUAUAUAUACAGUUGUGUUCUUAAUAUAUAUAUAUCAACAUGUCAUUUUUGUCAGUAUCUAUUGUGUACAUACUUGUAUUGGUUUUAAACGGUGUUUGAACUGAAAGAUACACGAUGCUGCCCAUAAGGGACACAUUUCUAUGCUGCAUGGCAAUGUGGCGGUUAGCACUGUUGUGAAGAUCUGGAUUUUCAUAUUUGUUCACACUUAUACUCAUAACUAUAUUUUUGCUCUGUCUGGGCUUUGUAUGUCCUCUCUGAGACCGUAUGAAGUUGAUCCACAGAUCUAGAUGCAUUCGAUUGGUGAUUCUCCAUUUGUUUUAAAUAGUAAACAGACUCUAUGAGUACACUGGACUAGCUAGAGAGGGUUUUGUAACCACAGUAAUGAGACAUAUUGACUUAAUAUCAGUUUCUUAAGUUACUUUGUUUCCUGCAACAAACACUUAAGCAGAUUCGUGAUUAUAAGAAGAAGUCGAUACUUUCACUUUACAUUAUUGGUUUUAAAUUCUCACAUCCCUUUUGUUUGGACUUUCAUUAAGCCCUGAUGUUGCCUAAAAAACUGUUAAAAAAAAAAAAAAGAUUGUUUUUUUUCUUCAGUUCAAUCAGUCAAUGCUUGUAAAUAACAGUCUUUGCACAUUCAUUUGGCCUGACUCCAUACCUUUUUGGCAGUCAGUUAGAAUGUAUUUUUACCCACAAUUUUUGCUCUAACACAAUGUGUGAAUUGAAAAACAACAUGGACCUUCUAAUUCAGUAAUAUUACUAUGAAGUACUUGAGUAAAAAUUGUGGCUUUGAUCCUGACCUCUGGUUUUGAUACAACUAUCAUAUUCUUUUAUUAACCAAAAAUAUAUUUUAACAGCUACGACAUGUUCUUCCUCCAAAAACAUGAUUCUGUUAAUAUCUCAACAAAUACAACCAUACUUUUAUUCGUUUAUAGGUUUUAUUAAAAAUGUAAAAAUAAUGCUGUUAUUAUGGUUUCUAGAGCUAAUUAGCAAUCCUAACAUAUUACACUGAAUUGAUAGUGCUAGACAUUAAUAUCACAGUUAGUACCUAAGGAUAGCAUUCUAACAACAGUAAGAACUACUGUACCUAUGACUUUUGUAUAAAUCUGCACAUUCCUCUAGUGGUUGAUGUUAUAUUUUUGGGUCAAAUGGUGGAAACUCUAGCAAUAAAGCUGCCAAAUUUGAAAUAUUGGAGUUAACAACCAAGAGUAGUUUGGUAGUAGUGGAACAGGUAGUGGUUCAUAUUUUUAUUUUUUAUUUUUGUCAAAUGUGGGCUAUUUAACUGUUUACAACGGAGCUUUAGCUAUAUUGUUGACGUUCUUCAACUAGCAAAAUUCACUGGCCAUUUACACAAUUAAUGUAAAUUCAAUUAAUUUUGAAGCUGAAAAAAAGCAGCUUUAUGAUAAUGGCAAGUGUUUUUGCCAGGGGUGUCAAACAUACGGCCCACGGGCCAUAUCCGGACCACCAGAUGGUCUUAUCCAGCCCAGUCAUGAAGAGAAAAACAUCUGCAAAAAAAAAACAUUUCUAGCCCAUUCCUCUGGCAAGUUAUGGCUCUUUAAAGAAAUUACCGCAAUGCACAAUUCCGCCAUUAGGGGGGGCAACAGAAACGCAAGACCUGCAUAUCAAGAGAUUAAGAAAUAAACAUAAACACUGUAAUUAUAAGUGAUUAGGCUAUUUUUUCCAACUGAGAAAAAAACAAAACAGAAACAAAGCUACAGAUAACAAGUUGACUGACCCGAUUUAUGCAAUUAACGAACAUCAACAGAUUCUGUCGCAGAGGUAAGCAGCUUUACACUCAUUGGAAUAUCAAUAAUUUCCUAAACAGUCUAAAAGUUUUUUUAGUUUAAAGAGCGUGUGCUAUUUUGCCAUCAUCAGCAACAGCUCCGGUGUUAAAGGGCAACACUUUAAACGAUAUAAAUGUACAAUUUAAGCUUAGCAUGCUAACAUUAGCAAAAACCACUGUGCCUUGAACAUUUGUAGACAUGUUUACCUUCAUACAUGGUAAAUAUGACUAUUUUUUCUGAUAUGGACAAGUUUGAAUAUUCAGAUUUAGAAAUAAAGUUGAAAAUAUUAAACUUAGCUAGCUAAAAUUAGCUAAAUCCACUGUUCCUAAAUCUGUAAAUGUAUGUAUUGGCUACAACCUAUGUCAAAUUUGCAUGUCCUGUCAAAAAGUUAAUUAAGUUUUAAAAGGGCUUACUUUGCCUCAUUUUUCCCCUUUCCACUUUUAUGCUUUGCUAGAAAACAUUGAAUUCAUCAUCACUGAAUUUACUAAUAAUUUCAAACUUAAAAGAAACAAGCACAAUGUAAAAAAACAAAACAAAACAAAAAAAAAA